CUGCUUUCCUCUCGGUGGGACAGUGGGCUGACCGACGGACGGACGACAGCCCAUCAGCAAAAAAAACACCAUGUGAAGAAAAACUAUAUAAAAAGGGACACGGAAAACAAAACUGCAAAGGGUGAGAAGCAAUUCAUUCGUCUCGCCAGCACCAGGUCCGCGUUUUUUUAAAGGCUCGGCAGAGAGCGAAUGGACAGAGCGGGAGAGGAGCAGGAUAGUCUCACCAACGGCAGCAGACACGUAUACCAUGCCGACGAGUGAUGGCCCCAGCCGCUUCCCGGUCUUUGUGGCUCCGCCCCACGGCAACCACCAGCGGUCUCCAGGUUAUGUCCCCGGGCGGGUGGCUCCAGUCCGCUCGCCACCACCUGCCAAAGCCCCACCGCCUCCACCGAUAAAACCUCACGGCCCCCCGCCAGAGCGGCGAGCCACUUUCAACCUUUCAGAGGAGAACCAGCGGAGAGAGCGUGCUCAGAGCCUCCAGCAAAGAAAGAACACAUUUAUCUGUUUUGGAGUGUCAAUUGGGGCUUUCUUCGUCACCCUUAUCCUCGUCCUUAGUCUCACAAGUGGAGAUGUGUUAGAUGAGAACUGUCCAGACCACGACCUAUCCCUUAGUAGCUGGAACCCAGGUCACCAACCAGAGAAGGCUGUGAUUGUCAGGAGAGGACAUUUGUUGAGAUUAGAAUCUUCUGCUACCUUCCAAACACUAACCAUCCAGUCAGGAGGUCGAGUAGUUUUUGCAGACAACUCUGAUGGCUCCAAAAACAUAACCUUGAGAACACAUCACAUCCUUAUAGAAGAUGGUGGAGCCCUUCACAUCGGUGCUCCCAAAUGUCGCUACCGUUCUCAUGCCACCAUUGCCCUUGUGGGGCGCUCUGAUGACAAGACAGUCCCUGAAGUGCCUGGCAUAGGCCGCAAGUUCAUAGCUGUCAAUAGUGGUGGGACUCUGGAGCUACACGGCACUGAGAGAGUUUCCUGGUCUCUGCUGACCCGAAGUGUCCCGGCCUCCGGUCUGGCCACAGGGGGUUAUGCCUUCCAGCGUAACUUCAGCAGAGGCAUCAACUUGCGCGUGGUGGACCAGGACACAGCUGCUGUGCUAUUCUCUGAACGCUACGAUACACAUGAAUCACGUAAUGACAGUCGGCGGCUCACUCAGCUGCUGCGGAACCUGCCGGUGGGCCGCAUUGUCACGCUGGCUGUGGGAGACUCAGCUGUCAAAAGUCUUUUGGAUGAAACUAAGAAGGCCAUUGAAGAGAAACUCGGCAGCAGCUUUGUCUAUGAUCUCAAAUACAGACAGGCGUGGGCUUUGGUCUCGGUUGUAGGUGGUGGUAACGCGUCAUGCUCAGAGGACGUUAGGGAACAUGAAAACCACGACACAGGAGGCAGAGCUCUUGCAAGACGAAACUUCACCACUGUGGAUGGAGUGGGCUUCUCAGUCACCGCCUACAGCGAGUGGAAGAAUGGCUUCCCCAUCUCAGGCUUCCAGGUGGAUGCCGUGGACCAGGUAGUGCUGAACCUGCAGGAUGAGGUGCAGCAGACCUGGCAACCCGGAGAUCAGAUUGUAGUCGCCAGCACAGACUACUCCAUGCACCAGGCUGAAGAGUUUACCUUGUUGCCCUGCUCUCACUGCAGCAGCAGGCAGGUCAGGAUACAAGGGAAACCUCAGUACAACCAUGUUGGCGAGAUCAUAGAUGGGGUGGACAUGCGUGCUGAAGUGGCUCUGCUCUCCAGAAACAUUCUCAUCUACGGAGAAAUGGAAAACUCAUGCUACGGGGACAAUCUGUGCCAGUUCUACAGCCACGACACCUAUGGAGGCCACAUCAAGAUCUUCGGUAACUUCUCAUCAGUGCAUCUGUCCCAUGUGGAGCUAAAAAACAUGGGCCAGCAGGCCCAGCAUAGCCGUUACCCCCUCCACUUCCACAUGUGUGGGGAUGUGGACCAGAGGGGAGGCUACUGGGAGCCCACCUAUGUGGAUGGACUCUCCAUACACCACUCCUUCUCCCGCUGUCUCACCAUCCACGCGACCAACGGUUUGCUGGUGAAGAACACCGUAGGCUAUGACACCUUGGGUCACUGCUUCUUCCUUGAGGAUGGGAUCGAGCAGCGCAACACUUUCUUCCACAACCUUGGCCUGUUGACUCGACCCGGGACUCUGCUGCCCACUGACCGCAAUGAGACCCUCUGCACCAGCAUCAAGGACAAAGUCUACAAGGGCUAUACUCCCUCGCCCAGCACCGAGUGCAAGGCUGUUUCAACUUUCUGGAUCGCCAAUCCCAACAACAAUCUCAUCAGCAAUGCAGCUGCUGGUUCUCAGGAUGCUGGCAUAUGGUUUGUGUUCCACAGCUCUUCCACCGGGGACUCUCAUGGGCUGGUACCGGAGACCAAGGCAGAGCUCACUCCCCUGGGGAUUUUUUACAACAACCGCGUACACUCCAACUUUAAGGCAGGGUUGUUCAUUGAUAAAGGAGUGAAGACCACCAAUGCCAGCGCAGGUGACCCCCGGGAAUACCUGUGUCUGGAUAACAGUGCCAGAUUCCGACCACACGAGAAUGCUGACCCUAGCCGUCCACGGGUGGCGGCGGUCAUUGACACUUUGAUCUCCUACAAGAAUAACGACUUAGGAGCGUGGAUACGCGGAGGUGACAUCAUCAUCAAGGACUCUGGAUUCGCAGACAAUGGAGUGGGAUUGUCCUUUGCCAGUGAUGGCAGCUACCCUAAGGAUGAAGGCUCCAGCCAGGAAGUGACACAGUCUCUGUUUGUGGGUGAAAGCCGGAACAGAGGGACAAACGGAGGACAGAAUAAAUACUGGGGCUUAGGAGGGGCUGAUGCAAAGAUGAGGACACUGCCCAGAAACAGGACAUUCCCAAUCCGAGGUUUCCAGAUCUAUGAUGGUCCGGUGCGGCUUACACAGAGUACAUUUCGUGGAUUCAUCCCCACACCAGAGCGUUAUACCAGUGCAGUGGGAUUCAACCUGAAGAACACCUGGCAGCUCACUCCACGAAACAACCUCUCCCAGCUCAACUUCCACUCCACUGUGGAGCUGCGAUCGUUCUUUGGUCGCCCGGGGCAGUGGUUUGAAGAGAACGACCUGGACGGUGACAAAAACUCCAUCUUUCAUGAUGUGGAUGGGUCAGUAACAGGCUACACGGACACCUAUGUCGGCAGAGCAGAUAAUUUUCUGAUUCAACAUCCUGGCUGUGUGAACAUGUCCCAGUGGAGUGGAGUGAUCUGCAGCGGCCGCUACUCUCAGGUGUACAUCCAGACCCAGGGAGCCCCCAGCCUUAGUUUAUCCAUCAGCAGAGAUGAAUACCCCUCUGCUCCUCUGGUAUUGAGAGGGAUUAACAGCCAGGGGGCGCUGUCUCAGCAGUAUCAGCCCAUCUUGAUGAUGAGCAAGAGCUACACUCUGCAUUGGAGCGGACCUGCACCCAGAGAGGUUGUCCUCUCUCUCAUCAACUUUGACAAAGAUGACUGGGUGCUGGUGGGACUCUGUUACCCAUCAGACACCACAUUCCAGAUCAUGGCGGACAUCAACGAUAGGCAAAGCAACACCUUUGAUGACCCCACAGACUACGGCACUUUGUCAUCCCUCGCAGAGCUGGAGAAAAAACCCAUGGACAGGAAGUACUUUUUUGACAAAACUGUUGGCUUGUUGUGGCUCUACCUUCGGGCACGCCAUGGUCGCGAUGGUCACAGCUACUGUUCGGUAAAAGGCUGCGAAAGAGUGAAAGUCAUGGCCACGACGUCCUCCAAACAGACUUGUAACUGCACAGCCAAAGCUUACCCCAAAUACUCAAAGAAACCUUCAGCAGCAGUGCCUAUGCCGACCCUCAAUACACAAUCCUGCAAAGGCUGUGGUGCUAAAAAGCUUGUGUUUUCCAGUGAGCCAUGGACGUCCUACCUCCAGACACAAGUCAAGUCUCUCAGCACAAAAGAGCAGCUGAGAGGAGAUAACAGCUCCUUUAUCACUGUGAAUGAGGUGACUAUGCCUUUCCUUAAGCCUGGGUACUUCCUGGUCUCAGUGGAUGCCUGCUCUGGAAAGGUCACUAAGAAAACCACAUUUGCCAAGAUGGACGCCAAGAUGGAACAGUACCUAAAAACUGGGAUACCAAAAAGGUCAAUAGUGCUCAUGGCAACACGAGGUCAACUAGAAGGCCUGGUUGGCGUAGCACCAUAUCUGGUCUCCUUUGGUUUGGCCAAAGCUGCUGAUCUGCACAGUAAAGAGAGUCUGGCGCUUUGGGGGUUCCAGGGUGGUUCUUCAGCCCCUCCGUGGGUCUCGCUACAAUCCGGGCAGGGGGAUGAGUUCCUGGGGCUGCAGGAGCGGUACUUGCCUCUGGGUUUGGAGGCAUACGGCUGUACGCCACCCGCAGCUCAAACACGCAAAGACCUGGAGCUACUCAAAAUAGCAACGGGACUCCAAUGACCAAUGUGAACUAUACAACUUAACUACCCAGAACACUCUUGCACACAGAUACACAAACACACACAACCAGCUGAUGAAUGUGAACUGCUGAACCUUUUAAUUUAUUAACAAUGGCAAAGAUGUUUACCGAUUUCAAGUGAAGAGAAGGUAUUUUAUUAUAAACGGGGUGAGUAUUUUUGUGAUAGUUGUGUAUGUGUGUGCGCGUGUAUGUGUAAGUAUGCCUUGGGGCCGUUGAGUCAAUGCACUUUCCUUUUAAAGACACAACUUGCCUUAUCAGCCAAAGUGAUCAAAUGGAGCUUUACAAUAACUCAAUUGUUUAUCUGGAAACAGAAAAAAACAGAGCAACCUUUAAAAUCUACCUACCAGUCUAUUAUUUAUUAUGUAGUAGAAAUAAAAGCGACUGAAUUUGUCUGAAAACAGAACACAAUGCAUUAGAUACACACAGGCCAGGAGGAAAUUAGGAAAAUAAAUUGUAUUGUCCCUGAAAUGAGAACAGAAAAUGAAACAAGAUGGAUUAGAUAAGCUCAGGUCAAAGGGAAAUGGUGAAAAUAAAUGCCAAUGCAUCUGAGAAUUAAACAGCAAUAUUAAGCCAGAAAUGAACAUGUAAUAUAAAACAGCCAGUGGAAUAGGUGUGUUAGCUGUUAUGAUUAUUUGAUGCAAAACGCCUGUAUUUUUUAAACAAAGUCACAACAAGCCAUAAUAAUAUUUAAAUGAUUAUAUAGACAUAUGGUAGUUUGAAGCAAAAUAAGUAUGGCUAUGUUGUAGAGCUGGGCAAUAUAUUGAUAUAUUAGUAUCAUGAUAUGAGACUAGAUAUCGUCUUAGCUUUUGAAUAUCGUAAUAUCGUAAAUGGCUGCAUUACAGUAAAGUGAUAUAAUUUUCUGAACAUAUCCACUCUUACAGCUGUUUUAUUAUUUACCUUUACCCACUUAGUCAUUGUAUCCACAGUACUGGUAGCUAUUUAUCAAAAAUCAAUAUUUUGUUGAGGUAUUUGGUCUAAAAUAUUGUGAUAAUUGAUUGUCUUCAUAUUGCCCAGCCCUACUAUCUAAGCAAAAUGCCAUUAAAUAGAUAAGUUACUAUAUUUUAGGCCACUACUCUUUCUCCACCACUCCUCACACUCUUCUUUUAGCUUUUUAGCUGAUGUCUGCAACAACUGAAUCUUU